AUGGAUUCAAAUACACAAGCCCAUAGUGAUUCCAAAGCUAACACUAACAGUGAUUCUAAUACGCAAGCUUGCAGUGAUUCUAAUACGCAAGCUAACAGUACGCAAGCGAACAGUGAUUCUAAUACGCAAGCUAACAGUGAUUCUAUAACGCAAACUCACAGUGACUCUAAUACAAAAGCCAAAAGUGAUUCUAAUACGCAAGCUAGCAGGGAUUCUAAUACGCAAACUAAUAGUGGUUCUAUAACGCAAGCUAACAGUGGUUCUAUAACGCAAGCUAACAGUGGUUCUAAUACGCAAGCUUACAGUGAUUCUAUAACGCAAGCUCACAGCGAUUUUAAUACGCAAACUAACAGUGAUUCUAAUACACAAGUUAACAGUGUUUCUAUAACGCAAGCUAACAGUGGUUCUAAUACGCAAGCUAACAGUGAUUCUAUAACGCAAGCUCACAGUGAUUCUAAUACGCAAGCUAACAGUGAUUCUAAUACGCUAGCUCACAGUGAUUAUAAUACGCAAACUAACAGUGAUUCCAAUAUGCAAGCUAACAGUGAUUCUAUAACGCAAGCUCUCAGUGAUUCUUAUACGCUAGCUAACAGUAUAUCUAAUACCCAAGCUAACAGUGGUUCCAAUACGCUAGCUAACGGGGAUUCGAAUACGCAUACUUACAAUGAUUCUAAUACGCAAGCUAACAGUGUUUCUAUAACGCAAGCUAACAGUGGUUCUAAUACGCAAACUUACAGUGGUUCUAAUACGCAAGCUAACAGUGAUUCUAUAACGCAAGCUCACAGUGAUUCUAAUACGCAAGUUAACAGUGAUUCUAAUACGCUACCUCACUGUGAUUAUAAUACGCAAACUAACAGUGAUUCCAAUAUGCAAGCUAACAGUGAUUCUAUAACGCAAGCUCACAGUGAUUCUUAUACGCUAGCUAACACUAACAGCGAUUUUAAUACUCAAGCUAACAGUGAUUCUAAUACUCAAGCUAACAGUGAUUCUUAUACGCAAGCUCUCCAUGUGUUAUAUAUGUUGUUAAGUUUGCCAUAG